AUGUCUAGUGCAACCGAAACUUUGUGCGGACAAGCAUUUGGAGCUGGACACUACCACAUGAUGGGGAUUUACUUGCAACGAUCGUGGAUCGUGGAUGGUGUAGCUGCUACAAUCUUGCUCCCUCUUGUCAUUUUCGCAACUCCCAUUUUCAGACUGCUUGGCCAAGAGGAUGAUGUUGCAAUAGCUUCAGGAAACAUUUCUCUCGUGAGGGUAGCAAAUGAGUUGGGAAGGAGAAAUGCUGAAGCUGCGAAAUUUUCUAUCAAGAUUAUCAUCAGUACAUCCAUAAUUAUUGGCGUUUGGUUUUGGCUUCUGUGUUUAAUCUUUGGUAAAGACAUUUCUCACUUUGUUACAAGUGAUGAGGAAGUUGCAGAAACUAUGGCGAGCCUUGCUGUAUUGCUUGCUUUCUCCAUCUUACUGAACAGUGUUCAACCAGGUUUAUGGAUGGGAUUAUUGAGUGGAGUUAUUGUGCAAACACUUAUACUGUCCUACGUUAUCUGGAGAACUGAUUGGGAUGAGCAGGUGAAUAUGGCAACUGAACGUCUUGGCCGCUGGUAUUUAAAGUCGGAAAAUGAUUCCACUGAAAGCUCCACUCCUGUUUGA